UUUUAAACUUGUGUUCAAAUAUGCAUUUUAUAACUGAUAAAAAAGAAAGAUGAUAAGUUCAAAAUUUCAAAGGAAGAAAAACAUUUAGUUAAAACAAGAAAAAGAAUCCAAGUAUGGGACUUCUAAUUGUGAUUAUCCAACUUAAAAAGUAGUAUUCAGUGUGCAAGAAUGGAAUAAAACUUUCUGAUACUUAUUGACAUAACACUUCUCUCUCUUUUCUCCACCUUAUAAAAAUCUAAAUUUAACUCUCUUCAACAACCAUCAAUUCCAAAACCGUCCAAGUCUCCUAGUCGUAAAAAUAAACACUAAAACAAUUUCUUUUUUAAAAACAAAAGUUCCACAAAAUCAAAACCCCUAUCCUAAAUUUGGGGAAAGAUAUAUAUUAUUGGUUGGAAUUUGAAAACUCAUUUUAGCUUUUUGAGUCCAGAACCCAAAACCAUUUUUUCCCUUGAAAAUAAAAAGACUAAAAGAGUUCCCCAUUUCAGCCAUUCCUUUCUCUGCCUCUAACAUUGGAUUUAUGCUUUUCUUGGCUCUCCAAAUUUAAAAACAAGAAUGGAGGAGAAAAUUGAGAGUAUCCAUCAUCAAGAAAUUGAGAAUGAGGUUGAAGAAUAUGAAGAAGAGAUGAUCUUUAGAUGGCUUGAGGCUCAUGAAAAUAAAAGCACUGAUAGUAUAGAUAUUGAAUCAAGAAUUCAGGAAGAUGAAAAGAAUACAGCUGCCUGUACUGAAAUGAAAUUGAAAAAGAAAAAGGCCUUAUUGGAAUUCAGGUGCAUGGUAGAAGAUGCAAUUCUUGGCAAUUGUCUUUUUGAGAAACCUAAAAAAAUAAUUUCCAGGAAAGAAUGUCAGAAGAUGAAAGAACAACUUAGAGAUAUUACCCUUUGGGGUGUGCCUUUAUUGCCAAGUAAAGGCCACGAAAGCACAGACAAUGUGCUAUUGAAAUUCCUGAAGGCUAAGGAGUUUAAGGCUCAAGAUGCCUUUCAUAUGCUGCGAAAGACUCUUAAUUGGCGAAAGGAAUACAAGACUGAUGCAAUCCUUGAAGAGAAUUUGCAUCUGGAUCUUGAUCUUGAUAGGUUUUUGUACAUAAAUAGUGUAGACAAAGAAGGCCACCCUUUGUAUUAUACAGUAUAUGGGGCUUUCAAGGACAAAGAAUUAUAUAGGAGAGUAUUAGGAACAGAGGAAAAACGUGAGAAAUUCUUGAGAUGGAGAAUUCAGUUCAUGGAAAGAAGUAUCGGGAAACUUUCCUUCAAAGCGGGAGAGGCAGACUCUAUGCUUCAGAUUACAGAUUUCAAGAACAGCGGAUCAGAAAUGAAAGAGUUACGUGCUGUUAGCAAGAAAGCCUUCCUGUUGUUCCAAGCCAAUUAUCCUGAGAUUAUUUACAAAAAUAUAUUAGUAAAUGUCCCAUUCUGGCAUUACACAUCACAUUUAGUUUCAUCCAAGAUCCUGAACCAUAGAACGAAAGGGAAGUUCAUUAUUGCUAGGCCAUCGAAAGUCACUCAGACCCUUUUAAAGUACAUUUCUCCAGAAAACCUUCCAGUUGAAUAUGGAGGUUUGAAAAGAGAGAAUGAUGUUGAAUUUUCUCCUGUGGACAAUGCUUCAGAGCUGAUUGUGAGAACAAAUUCAGCUGGGUGCAUCAGAAUUCCUGUCUCUGAGGCUGGGGUGACAAUGGUUUGGGAUUUUACUGUGGUUGGAUGGGAGGUGACUUGUAAAGAAGAGUUCAUUCCAGAUGAUGAAGGCUCAUACAGGAUUCUGCUGAGAAAAUACAAGGAAAAGAGAAUUGGGGAGAGUGUUAGGAAUUCUUUUUACAUAAGUGAACCAGGUAAAAUAGUGAUAACCAUUGAAAACACAACCCUAAAAAAGAGAAAGAUUUACUACAGAUCUAAAGCCAAACCCUAUGUACCAGCUUACAUGAUCAAUAAAAAAUAGCUUCUUUCUUAGAUUUUAAAUGUUUAUAUGCUACCCCUUAAUUAUACAUAUAUCUUUAAAGCAUUUCUCAUUAUUUUAGUUCCUUAUUAGCUUCUUGCUUUUACUUAAAAGCUCCUUAUUAGCUUACAUAUAUAUCACCUGAGAGUUCAGAAUCAUGUUAAAUUAUGUAAUUCCUGAAUGCCCCAAGGAGACUAAAAUAUCCUGAGCAUUUUCAAGAGUAAUUCUGUAUAAGACUAAUUUCUGAGUAUAAUACCCUGAGCGAAUGUCCCCAGAGUCCUCUUUUUUUUUUUUUUUUUUUUAAUAAAUGAUGUAAUAUUGCUUAUAAUAUUUCAGAAAAAUAAUUGAUGUAAAGUAUAAUUCAUGUAAUAAUCAUAAUUAUGUAAUGAUUAAUUAAUCUUUAGUUAACUAUUCAUGAUGACUGAUGUGAUAAUUAUAAUUAUUUAUAUAAAAUAAUUUUAUGAUGAUUAAUAUGUAAUAGUAUUGCCAUUACUGAACUGUCAAUUCAUUUACGUUACAACUCCCAUUGCUCGAGCAAGGGGAAAAGGAAGAGAAUUCAGUGUGAAAAUGCCCAUUAAUUAAAUUCAUCUAAAGAAGUGAAUUAUUCAGAAAGAGAACUCUUGCCUAGGAAAUGGGUUUUUAUUUUUUCAAUUUUUAAGAAGAAUCUUAAUAGAUCCCUAUAUAGGCAAUAACAUGGAGAAAAGAGUUGAUCUGCAUUACUUCCAUUGCUUCUUCAUAGAAGGCUACACUGCAUUUAUUGCCAUUACCACAUUUUAUUUGCCAACACUUACAUAAUGCAGUCCCCUUCUAAAAGAGGAAGAAGAAAAGAAAAGGGAGAAGGCUAGCUUGCCUCAUUACAUUUAUACAUAA